GUGUAGGACCUGGUUUUUCCGAUAUGGCUCCCGAGUCUAAGCCGGCGCCGUCAAAGCAAAUUCCGGCGACGGAUCAGGAACAAGACUCCUCCAGCCCUUCCACCGCUUUGCUCUCUUUCGACACCGAUGCCUAUUCUUCAGAUCCGUCUCACAAAACCAGCAUUCUCGUCGUCUCCCUUAUUCUCGUUACUUGCAUCGCCCUCUCCGCCGCCGCCGCCUUUGCAUUUCUCUUCUUCUCCGCCGCCUCCGGCGUCAAUUCCACCGCCCGCUCCCUCUCCAAGCUGAAACAUCCGGUGGUUCUAUUGAUCUCCUCCGAUGGGUUUCGAUUUGGGUAUCAAUUCAAGACCUCGACCCCCAACAUUGACCGUCUGAUCGCGAACGGAACCGAGGCCGAACGGGGUCUGAUUCCCGUUUUUCCGACAUUAACGUUUCCCAACCAUUACUCGAUCGUCACUGGCCUUUACCCGGCAUAUCACGGCAUAAUCAACAACCAUUUUCUCGAUCCGGUGACCGGAGACGCCUUCACGAUGGCCAAUCACGACUCUAAGUGGUGGCUCGGCGAGCCGCUGUGGGAGACGGUGGCGAAUCAAGGGCUCAGGGCGGCGACGGUCUUCUGGGUCGGCGCUGAGGUAACCAAAGGCUCGUGGUCUUGCCCUGUAGGGUUUUGUUAUCAUUAUAAUGGUUCAGUUCCAUUUGAGGAACGAGUGGAUGCGAUUCUGCACUAUUUUGACUUGCCCAGUGAGGAAAUUCCUGUGUUUAUGACUCUGUAUUUUGAGGACCCGGAUCAUCAGGGCCACAAGGUUGGGCCUGAUGAUCCCCAAAUCACUGACGCUGUAGCUAGAAUUGAUCGGAUGCUUGGGAAGCUCAUUUCUGGCUUAGAAGAAAGAGGGGUUUUUGAGGAUGUUAGCAUAAUCUUGGUAGGGGAUCAUGGGAUGGUUGGGACUUGUGAUAAGAAGCUGAUUAUUCUUGAGGAUUUGGCUCCAUGGAUUGUGAUUCCAGAAAGUUGGGUUCAAUCAACAACUCCUCUUCUGGCAAUUCGUCCACCUCCUGAUGUUUCACCUUCUGAUGUUGUUAUGAAAAUGAAUGAAGCUUUGCAAUCUGGGAAAGUUGAGAAUGGGAAGAAGUUGAAAUUGUAUGUCAAGGAAGAGCUUCCAUCUCGGCUUCAUUACAGUGCCAGCGAUCGAAUCCCGCCAGUGAUCGGAUUGCUCGAAGAGGGAUUCAAGGUGGAGAUGAAGAGGAGUAAUAAGAAGGAGUGUGGAGGCGCUCAUGGGUAUGACAAUGCCAUAUUUUCCAUGAGAACCAUCUUCGUUGGCCACGGUCCACAGUUUGCAAAGGGCAGGAAGGUUCCAUCUUUUGAAAAUGUUCAGAUUUACAACUUGGUUACUUCAAUUCUCAACAUUAAACCUGCUCCUAACAAUGGUUCUGCAUCUUUUCCCAAAUCUAUUCUCCUGCAUUCUGCAUAGAAUCCUAGUACAUCAUUGCCACGUUUUACGAGCUGCUGAAAAGAGAACCUCGACGAGUUGGACGUACAAUCAUAUUGCUUUAUUUCGAACGUCACCAAGGUAGAUGUUCACGUUCUCGAGAAUUUGUUGACCUCGAUCUACAUUGUAGAAAAAACAUUAUUUUUGUCUGGGAUGGAUUGCUCAUGAUCAGUUCUUGUUGUGGGCACAAAUCCAUCCGUUGCCAGUGGCUUCUAGCACUUGUUUAUAUGUUUCUGUAUGGUAAUCCUGCGAGAUUGAUUACAUUGUGGUGAUCGGUGUAGAAUAAGAGCUUGCAGUCUCUAUAGAUCAUGUUCUUAUACAUGUUCUUCUUCAUCUGCAGGGUUGUCAUGUUAAAAAACUCUGAUCAGUUGGCAGAUAUCUAAGAUAAUUCCUAUCUUAAUCUCCCUGUUUAUAGUCUUGUCCUCUUGAAUCCCAUCUUGUCUUUCCGUCGCAUCUGAUCACAGUGGUUCUUAUAGCUAGCUUUUGAUGAUGCCAUGGCAUGUUUCCUUGGACAUGUCUUUUUUUGGA